AUGCAGGGAGACGGCUUAGUCUCACUGCUAGUCCACUGCUCCCAGAUUAACUUGCAGUACUGCAGGGCUGCGACUGCCCUGCUGAGUCGCAGCCUUGUGGUGGAGCACACAGACAUAUACCUUAUACAGGAGCCCUGGCAUCACGGAGGCUCGGUUAAAGGCUUAUCUGGAAGCGAGGAGGAGCUAUUCUAUGCCCGGGGCGACCUGGACCCCAGGGCCUGCAUUGCUGUCAAAAAAGCGUGCGGAGCCAAGGGAAUGGCAAACUUCUGCUACAGAGACCUGGUGGCGGUUGUCAUGAGGCUUCGGGGGGAGGCAGGGGCGGAGGACAUUGUGUUCUGCUCGGCUUACUUCCCGCAUGACUCACCGACACCACCACCUACCAAGGAACUGCGUGAUCUGGUGAAUCACUGCAGAGCCAAAAAGCUGCCACUCAUCAUAGGAUGCGAAGCAAACGCGCAGAACGUGGUGUGGGGCAGUGAGAGAUGCAGUGACAGAGGCACUGCUCUCUUGGAAUUUAUGGCAGACGUGGACCUGGAGAUCCUAAAGAGGGGCUCGAGGCCUACAUUUGUCACCUCGCGCUGUCAAUGUCUCAUUGACAUAACCGUGUGCACCCGCCGACUGGUGGAGCAAUGCAUGGACUGGAGGGUGGACCGGAAGGACACACUCUCCGACCAUCGACGCAUUAGAUUUAGCAUUGAGGGCUGUACCAAGCUACAGGAGGACAGGUUGGAGGACGAGGUAGAGAGAAUCCACGUCGCCCUAAUCGAGUCCUUCCAGAUAGCAUGCCCGGCUAAACGAUGCAGGCAAGGGAACAAAGUGCCUUGGUGGAGUCAAGAACUGGACAGGCUGAGAAGCCAGUCCAGGAGACUUGGGAAUCGAGCGCACAAAUCAAAGAGAGCCGAAGACUGGACUCUGUACAGAAAUGUGCAGAGGGAGUACAAGAGGCUCAUAAAACAAUCAAAGGAGCUCACCUGGAGAACAUACUGUGAGGAACUGGAGGCGCUUUCAAGCAUCUCCAGGCGUCGCAGGGUCUUCUCGGGGGGCCCUGCACAAAGGCUGGGUGGAAUCACGCUGACAAGCGCAGAGACCAUCACAGAACCGCGAGAGGUCCUUGAGCAUCUGGUUUGCGCGCACUUUCCGGACUCUAUUAUAGAGCACCCAGGAGAGUGCCCUGAGACAGACUGGACGCGAACAGGAAGCGGCGAUCCCGACUGGGGGCUAGCGGCAAGAAUAGUAACGCUGGACAGGCUGCGGUGGGCGGUGGACUCCUUCGAAAUGUACAAGAGCCCGGGUCCGGAUGGGAUAUAUCCGGCCCUCUUGCGAAGAGGGGGUCCAUUGCUCCUGCGCAGACUGCUACCGGCACUGAGGGGCUGCUUAGCAUCGGGCUAUGUGCCCAGCAGCCUACCAGGCGAUCAGUCUGAGCUCCUUCUUGCUGAAGACGCUGGAAAGACUGGUCGACUGGCACAUCAAGGAGGGGGCACUGCGGUCAAACCAGACAUGCUCCUCACAACAUGCAUACCAAGCUGGCAGAUCAACGGAGACUGCGUUGCACCACUUGCUAGGCAUAAUAGAAAACGCAAAGGAAAGGAAGGAGGACACCCUCGGUGUCUUUAUAGACAUAGAGGGAGCCUUCGACAAUACUUCCGUUGA